CUAGUCGGAGUGAAAUUGUGCACUCGUGCACUUGUGCGAUCGGUAAUAAAAUCACAAAAAAUUAAAUUUUCUAAGUGUAAUUAUUAAAUUGUCGGUAGUUUAAGGAAGUAAGUUUCAGCGCUCGCACUCGAUUUCAGGUGAGAUCGAAGUGGAGCUGAUCGCAGAUCGCAGGUGAGCAUCACUCCGAUAGUGCGAGCGCGACGUGCGCCCCGAUGUUAGAAGAUAUAUAAGCACUAGUCGCGGACCGCGAUCGCAUUCAUUUUCAAUCGGAGUCGCGCAACGCUCGGUGAAACCGUCAUCCAAGUUCUCUGAUCGCGAGCGAACGCGCUCAGUAGAUCACCUCUCAGCGUUGACAGCACGCCGCCGCGACUCAGUUGACACUGAAUUUUUUUUUUAUUUUUAUUCAAUUUUAUCCAUUAUUAUACGAGUGUGUGAUUUAAUUACACCUGGUGCAACCAAUCGCAUACCUGAAAAUACCUGCUCAAAUUCAAAACUACCUCAACGCCAAACUUUCGUUCAAGUUUGAAAGUUUGACAGUUUUCGCCUUGGCAAUAAGUGAAUGCCCGUCCCUUAUCGGCUGUGAUAUUAAUUAAUAUUUAAAUCAACGUAUAAACACGUCGGUGUGCCAUGAAAACCCGAUAAGACUCGUUGCAACGCAGGGAGAAGUGUAAAAUCAAGUGUAUCAGACUGAAAAGUACAAGUUUCACGGUUGAGCGGUCCAGGAAAAAGCGGCAAAAUGCUGACAGGCUGGAGGAAAACCAUAUCAAAGCUAUUCCUGAUCCCACAGCGAUAUGUCGUGGGUAUUAUGGGUUUUCUGGCGGUGGUUAACGCGUAUACGAUGCGUAUCACCCUCAGCAUCGCCAUCACAGAUAUGACACCCAAGAAAAACAACCGGAGUGCCAUGAUGUAUGACUUUGAUGAUGUAUUUAAUGGUACCAUCAAGCGGCACGUCUCAUCGCGUGGUGUCGACGACGAUAAAAUAUACGAUUGGGAUUCGGAAACGCAAGGGUUGAUCCUGAGCUCGUUCUACUGGGGCUAUGUCAUCACGCAUAUGCCUGGUGGUAUGCUAGCGGAGCGCUUCGGUGGUAAAUGGGUCCUAGGCCUGGGAAUACUCUCCACGGCAGUUUUCACGCUUCUCACUCCUUGGGUGGUCACAACUGGUGAUUGGCCAUGGUUGCUUGUUCUACGUGUGUUGGAAGGCUUGGGCGAGGGUACCACGUAUCCCGCGCUCAAUUGCAUUCUAUCUAAAUGGGUACCUAGUUCGGAAAGAGCCAAACUUGGUACUUUGGUCUAUGCAGGAGGACAAAUUGGAACAGUGGUUGGCAACGCAGCCAGUGGUUUGAUCAUUGAAGCCACGGGAACAUGGACAUCGGUCUUUUAUAUCUUUGGUGGUAUUGGUAUGCUCUGGUUUGCUGCCUUUGCCCUGCUCUGUUACUCAGAUCCCGAGGUCCAUCCGUACAUCUCCGAUGAAGAGCGUGACUUCCUGCGUAAAGAACUCGGUGAAAAGAGAAAAGAACCACUCGCGGUUCCAUGGAAAGCAAUGUUCACAUCCUUCCCACUCUGGGCGCUGGUCGCAGCCCAAAUUGGUCACGACUGGGGUUUCUUCACCAUGGUCACUGAUCUGCCGCUUUUCAUGUCCGAUAUUCUAAACUUUGAUGUAAUGGAGAAUGGCAUUUGGUCUUCGGUGCCCUACAUUGUCAUGUGGAUUGUCUCGAUGAGCUCCGGCGCGUUGUGCGACUGGCUGAUUACGAAGCAGUACAUGGGUGUCACGUUCGCGCGUAAAUUCUUCACGGCCAUCGCCGCUGUGGGGCCGGGUAUCUUCAUUGUGGCCGCAUCCUACGCCGGCAACAACGAGGCACUCGUCAUCGCUCUCUUUACCGUCGCUAUGGGUUUCAUGGGCACAUUCUACUGCGGUAUGAAAGUAAAUGCAUUGGAUCUGGCGCCCAACUAUGCGGGAACUGUAAUGGCCAUCGUCAACGGCAUCGGCGCCAUUACAGGCAUCAUCACGCCAUACCUGGUCGGUCUGCUCACGCCCGACCACAGCGCGGAGCAGUGGCGAAUUGUAUUCUGGAUUGCCUUCGCGGUGUUUAUCGCCACCACUGUCAUUUACAUAUGGGGCGGGGCCGCAGAAGAACAGUACUGGAACAAUCCAGACAAGAACUUCUCCAACUCCAGCAUGCCCACACAUAAUGCCAUGGCCAUUAGUAAAAGCGGUAGUAAAAUAGAGGGCGUUUAAUGUAACCAACAUCGCCAGCAUCAACGUUGUGUGCUUAUGGACAAUGUUCGGCAUUGAUACAUAAACAAACAGACGUACAGUUCGUUCAAAGACUUUAUUAACAUUACGUUUAAUUAUUUAUUUAAUUAGCUAAGUUUUAUUUGGUAAGUCCACAAGGCGACGUCACAGCAGAGCUGCUUGCUUCCCGCACUCCAGCGAUGAUUUACUUAUUUAUAGUCAUCGUUUAAGCUUCGUGGAAGAAUAGAAUUUUCAAUGUAUCUGUUGCCAGUGUUUAGUGAUUUUGUAAUUUUUAUAAAAUGCUACCAAGUCUUAUAAUUAGAAACUUAAAAAAAAUAAAUAAAACCACAUCACAUGUAAAUUAUCUGCAUCAAUAAAUAAGUAAAUAAAUUAGAA